UUCCAGAGUUUAUGAGGCUCAUUUCAACAUCAUGAUGAAUCACAUUGUACGGCUCAGUCCCAGGAGACGCUCACAGCCCACACCGUCCAUUACUCACCAAAUACAUGAUCCUAAGUUUGUUAUCGAACCUCAACAAUAAACAUGAACUGUGAACCAGUUCAUCUUCAUGGGUAUGAACUGGACUUUGAACUUGUUGUUUUCAAGAGUGAACUGUUUAAACAGGGAGGAGGAGCAUUAGAACAGGGAGCGGUCAGAUUCCAUUUUUACGUGGAUUAGCAGAAGGAAGGAAAGUGAGCAGAAUUAUAUGUUACAGCAUUGGUCACCAACCAGUCGAGAGUCUUCACUGUGGAUCCCAGUAAAGCUCUGGACUCACUGGCUGAGGUGUGAGAAACUUCGACCUUUAGAGCCAGUGUUUUUCCUCUCAGACUGAAGAUGAGUGGUUAUGAGGAGGAAGAGGAGGACAGAGCAGAGUCUCCAGUGUUCAGCUGUGUGUCUCUGAAGAGUGACUGGUCCAUUGGAGAACCUCCAAACUUCAGUAAUGAACCUGGACCCUCACACACAAAAGGUCAGGACCACAGACUGAGAGCAGAGUCUCCAGGGUCAAGCUGUCUGUCUCUGAAGAGUGACUGGUCCAAAGAACCUCCUCCUUUUUUCAGUAAUGAACCUGGACCCUCACACACAGAAAAGAGGAAGAGGAGUCAUGUUUCUGAGGAGGAGCAGUCGUCCUGCUGUGCUUCGUGUCAGGACGUCCUGAAGGAUCCAGUCUCCACCAGCUGUGGACACUGGUUCUGCAGACAGUGCAUCACCUCAUACUGGGACCAGUCUGGUUCUUCAGGAGACUCCUCCUGUCCCCAGUGUGGAAAAAUAUCCAGAACAGGAGCUGGAGCUCAUACAACCGCAGAUCGUGGUCUACAGGAGGUUUUAAAUGAACAUAAGCUCAGUGUGAGGAGGACAUGUGAACAUGUGACUGAAGGAACUGGUGAAACAGGAAGUAGAACCCUCCUCAACAGGAUCUACACUGAGCUCUACAUCACAGAGGGACAGAGUGAAGAGGUUAAUACUCAACAUGAGGUGAGGCAGCUUGAGACGACUUCCAAGAGGAAGAUCCUCCACGACACUCCCAUCAAGUGCCACGACAUCUUUAAAGCCUCCACUGACCAGCAGAACAGCAUCAGAGUCGUCUUGACCAACGGCGUCGCUGGCGUUGGAAAAACCUUCUCGGUGAAGAAGUUCACUCUGGACUGGGCAGAGGGUUUAGAAAACCAGGAUGUGGGUCUGCUGACUGUGCUUUCGUUCAGGGAGCUGAACCUGGUGAAGGACCAGCAGCACAGUCUCCUCACGCUGCUCCAUGUUUUCCAUCCAGCGUUACAGAAGCUCACGGCAGAGACGCUCGCUGUCUGUAAACCUUUGUUCAUCUUUGACGGCCUGGAUGAAAGCAGACCUUCUCUGGAGUUCAACCACAGGGAGCUUGUGUCUGAGGUCACACAGAGGUCAUCAGUCAACGUGCUGCUGACAAACCUCAUCCAUGGGAAUCUGCUUCCCUCGGCUCUCAUCUGGAUAACCUCCAGACCUGCGGCGGCCAAUCAGAUCCCUCCUGCAUGUGUUGACAGGGUCACAGAAGUACGAGGCUUCACUGAGGCCCAGAAGGACGAGUACUUCAGGAGGAGAUUCAGUGAUGAAGAGCUGUUCAGCAGAAUCCUCUCACACAUCAAGACGUCCAGGAGCCUCCACAUCAUGUGUCAAAUCCCAGUCUUCUGCUGGAUCAGUGCUACAGUUCUGGAGCACAUGCUCACCACAGACCAGAGAGGAGAGCUGCCCAAGACCCUGACUGACCUGUACUCAUACUUCCUGCUGGUUCAGACAAAGAGGAAGAACAACAAGUACGGUGAGGGACAUGAGACGACUCCACAGCAGCUGACGGAGGCUGACAGGGACGUUCUUCUGAAGCUGGGGAGGCUGGCACUUAAACAUCUGGAGGAAGGAAACAUCAUGUUCUAUCAAGAAGACCUGGAGCGGUGUGGUCUUAAUGUCACAGAGGCCUCAGUGUAUUCAGGAGUUUGUACUGAGAUCUUCAGAAGAGAGUGUGUGAUCUUCCAGAAAUCAGUCUACUGCUUUGUUCAUCUGAGCAUUCAGGAGUUUCUGGCUGCAGUCUACAUGUUCCACUGUUACACCAAGAGGAGCACAGAAGAACUCAACAACUUCUUUGGAACAUAUAGUAACACAAGGAGAACCUCCUCCCUGGAUUUCCUCCUGAGGAGAACCAUGGAGAAAUCCCUCACCAGUACAAAUGGUCAUCUGGACCUGUUUGUUCGCUUCCUUCAUGGCCUCAGUCUGGAGUCCAACCAGAGAGUCUUAGGAGACCUGCUGGGUCGGACAGAGAACAAUCCAGAGAUCAUCCAGAGAGUCAUCAACAACCUGAAGGAGAUGAAUACUGAUAACAUUUCUCCUGACAGAAGCAUCAACAUCUUCCACUGUCUGACAGAGAUGAACGACCACUCAGUUCAUCAGCAGAUGCAACAGUUCCUGAAGUCAGGGAAUGAAUCAAAGGAGAAACUCUCUGAGAUCCACUGCUCAGCUCUGGCCUACAUGAUGCAGAUGUCAGAGGAGGUUCUGGAUGAGUUGGACCUGUGGAAGUUCAGCACAUCAGACCAGGGUCGACUGAGACUGAUCCCAGCUGUGAGGAACUGCAGGAAGGCUCUUCUUCGUGGUUGUGGACUCUCAGAGACUCACUGUGAAGUUGUGGCCUCAGCUCUGAAGUCGGACCCCUCACAUCUGAUAGAACUUGAUCUGUGUGAAAACGAGCUGAAGGAUUCAGGAGUGAAGUUGCUGUGUUCUGGACUGGAGAGUCCAAACUGUCGACUGGAGACUCUGAGAUUUAGUGUUUGGCGUCCCCCGUUGGAGCCUACAGGUGGAUGCUGGGCCUACAGGUGGAUGCUGGGGUGGUGGAGGGACUGAAACAACAGGUAGCAAUACUGCAGCAGCAGUGCGAGCAAGAGGGGUUGAUGGGAAAUGUCUCUCUGGUUAAAUAGACCACCUGAUAAGGUGGGUGUGUAUUAAGGUAUGUCACAUGAUGUAUGACACCUGAUUGGCGCAGCGCCGCUCGAGUUGCCUGCCAGAACUAGCUCGCAGGCGUCGCCAUAUUUCUUUCAGACAACUCACGUUUGAUCAUGUAAUAUAUUUAUUACAACAGAUUUAGUGUUUGGCGUCUAGGCUCCAACUUAAUCACUCCCCCAUAUGAUUACACAGUAAUGAUGGGAGUGAUGAGCAAAUACUUGUAAACCCCCAACACUGCACAUAGUCGGAGCCUGACGUAUGGAUCGGUAUCUGCUAUGUGUGCGCCAUUCACCGCCGCGGUGUGGCCAUUCUCCGUAGGGGCAUUAGCCUGCAGGAGAAUAUGCUAACUAGUGAACCUGUUAUGUGAGCCAUUUACCGCCGUGGUGUGGUCAUUCGAUGUAGCCAAAUUGUCUGCGGGGGAAUAUACUACCUGGUGAGGUUCCAUAUACGGGAAUAUAGUGAACUUGGCAACAUAUGCAUCGGAAUUUCCCCUUUAAGCCCAGCAAACCACCUGAAAUGCAAUAAAAGAAUCAGUCUGCAAAGCACAUAGAAAUUAUUCACUCACAUGUUUUGUUUGUAUCGCCAAUAUUCAAAACAUGAUUCGUUUCAUCGGGCUUAACAAAUGCGACAUCCUGUCCUUAACCCUCGACAAGAGUAAGGAAAAACUACCAAAAAACCCCCAUAAACAGGGGAAAAUGUAGAAACCUCAGAGAGAGCCACAUGUGAGGGAUCCCUCUCCCAGGAUGGACAGGAACAGAUGUAUGCCACGGCAAGGGUGCAAUGAAUCCCUUGGCAUCGUUUGCAUUGUAUCGUCACCAUUUGAGGGGAUGAAGGCGCGCCGAAACAUGCCUGUGACUACCCCGGAUGCGGAGACGUGAUGGAUCCCGAGAUCUGACAUGCAACAAAGGAUUUGUGCAGCGGAGAUUACAUAUUAAAACAUCAAGGCUGCAGAUGAUGUUUGAGAGUCAAUAUUCCUUCUUGUGGUGUCCAACAUAGCAUGAGUAGCAUUGAUGAUGGAGUGUUGCAGUCAUAGCGGUGCCACAUCUUAGUGAGUGCGGGGACAGCAUCCAGGUGUUAGGCCUCAGGUGUUAGGCCUCAGCUCUGGCAGGGAUGGCGAAGCUUUGAGGAGAUCUCGGCAUGCAUUUUCAACCAUUGUUGGUAGGCAAGGGUGUCGUCAGAUGGGUUGAAGAGGGAUGCAAGCGUUUGAUCAUAGAGAAGAAAGAACAGAAAGCAGUAUUUAUUCUUAGCAAUGAUAAUUCAGAAGUCUCGACAAGAUCUAUCAGACUUGUUGUGAACAUGUGUUAUUCUAAGACUAGAGAGGAUAAGGUCAUGUAGAGGAUUAAAUGAGCGUCCUUGUCAGAUUUCCUAUUAGACUGCUUCCGUUAUCGUAUACUCUGACUCACCUUGACAACAAUUCAGUAAUAAGGAAAUAUAAAGCCAAGGUAAAUGACAGUCUUACCUGUCAUCAUUGAGGAUUCAUAGAUUUUCUAUUGUAGCAGCAUUGACACAUGAUAAGGUUAUUGGUUCUUGAUCUAUUCACUGCUCUGUAGGAAUUGGAUGAAUACCAUGGGGUCAAGACGCUCGGGUAUGGUUGGACAGAUGGGAUUUCCCUCUGCUUAAAUAGACCGCCUAAUGCAGUGGAUGAGUGCUGUGGCUGGUUGUGGCAAGUGAAGUAUGUCACCUGAUAUAUGUCACAUGAUUUAUGUCACCUGAUGUAUGGCACAUGACUGAAGCAGCGCAGCUCGAUUUGCCUGCCAGAACUAGCUCGCUGGCUUCGCUCCAUUUCCGUCAGACUACUCACGUUUGAUUAUUUAUCUUAUUUAUUAAGAUAUUUAUUAUUCACAAUAGAACAUGUUUGUGUUUGGUGUCUAGGCUCCAACUUAAUCACUCCCCAUAUGCUAACACAGGAAUGAUGGGAGUGAUGAGCUAAUACUGUAACCCCCCAACACUGCACAAAUUCGGAGCCUGACGGAUGAAUCGGUAUGUGUGCGCCAUUCACCGCCGCGGUGUGGCCAUUUCUCCAUAAGCGCAUGCCUGCUUGAGAAUAUGCUACCUAGUGAGCCUGUUAUGUGUUCCAUGCCACUGCGGUGUGGCUAUUCUCCAUAGGCGCAUGCC